CUGCAGGCAGAGAGAGGGAGACGAGCGGACGGAGGAGAAGACAAAGGCGAGGCAGAGGCAGCGUUCGCUCCGCUCUGGAUUAACUCUUUCUCCUGACUGAAGGCUGCUUUCUUUGGAUUUCUCUCUUUUACACGUCUUCCAUUACCCGUCAGCUCAGCUGCACACAGUGUCUCUCACACACACACACACACACACACACACACAGGAUUAACAGCUGGUGUGUGUGAAGCGAGUCCUGGAGGAAUGAUCAUGGAUGGAUGGAGGUAGAAGGGAGGAGUGUAUCUGCUUUUCCCAUGGAGAUUGUGUCAUUCUCUCCUCCCUCCGCUUGCUGAGCAGCCUCUUUCCUCUCGCUUUCUUUUGUAUUAGCACCCCCUCCCUCCCUCCCUCCUUCCUUUCUUCCCUCCCGCCCUUCGCAGUGCAGGCUUUUGUCUGUCUGACAGGAAUUCAGGCUUGUCUUUUUACUUCCCUCCACCCAGCGACCCCCUUUGACCGACUCAACCAGCACUGUCCCCUCAUCCCUCCUGUGUCGGCCAAAGCUAAGACCAGACGAAUCUGACUGUGAGCAGAGGCGCUAGGCUAACAGCUAGCUAUUGGAGCGGUAGAGUCACCUCGAGCUUGUCACUGCUGAGCGUGUGUUUGUUAUGCGUGUGUGUGUGUGUGAAGCACUGGCUGACAGAUGAGCAGUUGUUCUGUGGUGGAUUUGUUGUGACCCGAGGAGCAGCAGCAGGAGGAAGGAGAGGUGUGUAUGCAGAGUUGGAGGUAACACCGCCCAGCACAUGCUGCUCAGCGUGCUCUCCUGAACCAUUCUGUGGACUUUUGUUCAUGUGACCAGUACCAUGACCAUGAGGGAGUCUGGCCGACCCGGGACUGAAAUUCUUUAUUUCACAACAUGGUGGUUGUUUAUUUUGAUCAGCUGAUUUUUUUUUUACCACUAAUGCUCCAUAAUGGAAUUUACAUGAGGACCUGGGAGCCUGCAGCCUCGGGUCGACCACUGGGCCCAGUCACUCAGAAGUUUGUUUGUGGAAAAGCAGUUCUGACUAAGCUUUGUAAACAGAUUCAGUCUGUGUGCCACCCAGCGUGGUGAGGAUGAAGAGGACAAGCAGCAGCACGCUGAGGCGGGCAUGGCCCAGCUCUGACCUGCCACCAGCAGCCUCUGUAGAGCCGCACAGGAGCCAACGCUCGCGCAGUGAGAAGGACUACAGAAUCCACAAACACAGCAAGAGGAGCCACUACCCUCCACAGUAUCUGUGUCAGAGUCCGCCCGCGUACAUACACCCAGGUGAUGUGUCACCCAUCAGUAUGUCCCCCAUCAGCCAAUCGCAGUUCAUCCCUUUGGGAGAGGUAUUGCUAUUGGCUAUCUCUGCUAUGAACUCCGCCCAUAAGCCUGUCACUCAGGAGGCCCUAACUGAACACCUGCAGACAUGUUUUCCAGGUGUUCCCACACCAACGGAGGAGGUUCUGCACCACACGCUAAGCAUGCUGGUCCGUGAGCGGAAGAUCUACCCAACACCUGAGGGAUAUUUUAUCGUAACGCCUCAGACUUAUUUUAUCACUCCGAGCCUAAUCCGAACCAGCUCCAAGUGGUACCACUUAGACGAGCGAUCCGUCGAGCGACACCAGCAGCAGCAGCAUCAGAACCAACAGCAGCAUCAGCAGACGCAGUGCACCUCCCCGCUCUCCGGCACCAUCACCCCGUCCACCUCCGGAGGCGUGCGAGACCGAACACACCAAAAGUCCAGCCAAAACCACAGUGGGGGAGGUGGAGGAGGUGGGGAUUCUUUUUACAACAACGCUUACCGUGGAGACGACCCCCCAAGUCACCACACCACCCUGCAGCGCCGAUCCCCCAAAGACCACCGAGAGGCGUACUCGUCCCCGCAUUCCCCGCAAACACCUCCUCAGCAAACAGGAGGCACCACAGAGAAGAGCCGCAGCACCCUCGGGUUCCCCUUCAAGACGGACACGCUCACCAAGCACCGAGGAGGGGGAGGUGGCGGGGGAGGAGGGGGAAGCGGGGGAGGAACUGCAGAGAUAGAGAAACAAGCCAGUGGAGGAAGUGGUACAGGAAGUCGAAAGUUUGGUUUGAAGCUGUUCCGUCUGAGUUUUAAGAAGGACAAGGCCAAGCAGCUGGCCACCUUCUCUGCACAGUUCCCGCCUGAGGAGUGGCCGCUGCGCGACGAGGAGGCGCCGAGCCAGCUGCCACGCCACGUAGAGAUGGAGAUCAUCCGCAGGAUCAACCCCGACCUUACUGUAGAGAACCUCGCCCGGCACACGGCAGUCAUGAAGCGUCUCGAAGAGGAGCGUGCUCAGAGGAGCAAAGCAUCAUCAGCCAAUCAGAGCUCUAGGAGUAGGAGAAGCGGGGGAAGACACAGGAAGCAAUCGCAGACCAAACUCAGCCGCUCACAUAGCAAGACGAGGGCGUCCCGCGGUGAGCCGAGUGACGGCUCCCACCUAGAGCUGGCCGACAGGGACUAUAGAGCCUACUCGUCCUCGCUGGCUCGGUCGCCAAGGGAACACGCCCUGGCCAUGGAGCGGCAGCGGGCCCGGCUUCACCUGGCGCACAGCAACCCCAACAUCCUUGACUCCUCCCACCUGCCUGUCACACCAGAGUGGGAUGUGUCUGGAGAGCUCGCCAAGCGACGCACAGAAAUGCCUUUCCCUGAGCCAAGCCAUGGCCCAUCAGCCCACCACUCCAAAGUCCACCGCUCGCACUCCCACACCCAGGAGAGGAAGUCCAGGAACGAACGCAGCGACAAGGCCAAGGAACGUUCCAGAUCCAUGGACAAUUCUAAAGGACCGCUCGGAGCCGGGUUGAUUGGACCCCCCGAUUACUAUGACGACCGGAGCCGUUACUACACUGACGAUGGCACCCUGCGAGCCAAUCAGAGCUCUUCUCACUAUUCUCGUGCCACGCCCCCCUCGGCUAAACUGCUUGGGGAUUCUCUGGGGUUGGAUGGCGGCAGGAGCUUAGAGAAGAGUAAGAGCAGGGACAGCCUUCCUGCGUACUCACCCAAACCACUGCCCACCUCUGUACCUCCUGAUGAUUACUUCCAGUGCUCUGGUUCCUCUGAGGCUGUUCUCACAGCAGCAAACUCGCUGGGAACUCUGGGUAAAAGUAGCCAUGAUGGAUUAAAAGUAGGCAACACUGACAGGCAAACAGACAGACAGACACCCCACCCCCAAGAAAAUAAGGAGGACUUAAAGGUGGGACCUAAGGGUGGCAGCCUGCCUCCUAUACCUCUCUCUAUCCCCGACCCCCCCCUCCCUAAUGGACGACCUCCCCACAGUGCCUCCUCUGGGCAGGAGAAACGUAAGGAGAUCUUUAGCAAAGACACACUCUUCAAACCUCCUCCGAGCCUCCCUCUGCCCGGCUACAGCUCCCUGAGAAAACCGCCCGCCCUCGCCUCCUCUACUCUGUCCUCGUCUUGCGAUGCACUUGAUUCCCAGGAGGCCUUUGAUGCUCCCAAACCUCUGGUGGCCACACCAUCUGCCCCCCCACAGGGGACCGAACCCACUACCAGUGCUGCAGAGGCCUCCUUCGACUAUUACAACGUCUCAGAUGACGAUGAACUUGAUGAGGGAGGGACUAAAAGUCGAGGGGAGAACGAGAAGGCCGGAGGAGGCGUGGUUGGGAUUGGAGGGGGUGGAGCAGGCACCAUGCAGUGGCUGCUGGAGAGAGAGAAGGAGAGGGACCUACAGAGGAGGUUUGAAAGAACCCUCACCUUCCCUGGUGCUAAAGAGAACCUUCCCGAGUCCAGUCAGAACCAGCAGUCAGCCCACUCUGCUAGACUGGACAGUAUGGACUCCAGCUCCGUCACUGUUGACAGUGGAUUCAACUCUCCACGAACACGGGAGAGUCUAGCGUCUAACACCUCUUCCAUAGUGGAGAGUAACCGUAGGCAGAACCUGGCACUGAGCCCCGGCCACCUCGGCAUCACUACUGGCAACGGCCCCCCCUUCUCCUUCCGUACAAUCCCGGAACCUGCUGGCACCCAACCAGAGAAACUCCAGAAGCCCAGCGCCUGCCUUGCUUCAAUCACCAGCGUCUAGGGGCGGAACUAAGGGUUGGGCGGGAUGCUGAGAGCCAAUGGACAGGGGCCAGAAAAUAAAAGUUCCACCCACAAGGACUGUUACACCUUUAGACUGACAGACUGACUGAACCAGUGGAGCUGCGACAGGCCCACUGUGGAACUAUAGCUGUUAACACACACACACACACACACACACACGCACACACACACACACCCUGACAGAUACAAACUUAUUUAGAACACCAGGAAACUGCUCUUUCAGACUCAGACACACACGCACGCACGCACGCACGCACGCACGCACACACACACACACACACACACACACACACACACACACACACACACACACACACACACACACACACACACACACACACACACACACACAUACAUACAUACACACCAGGCCACUGGGCAGACUCUUGACCAUGUCACACACUGCUGUCGUGUUGUUUCACUUAUGUGGGUUCUAGUUGUGUGUGUGUGUGUGUGUGUGUGUGUGUGUGUGUGUGUGUGCGCGCGUGUGUGUGUGUGUGUGUGUGUGUGUGUGUGUGUAUGGGGGGGUUAUGUUUGUAUAAUCUGUAAUCUCAGGUCAUGUUAUUUCCACUCCCAUUCCAGCUGCUUCAGAUCAGUACAUCUCCCUCUAGUGGUGUGUCCUGGCAUUACACAUUGAAGAGACGCAGUUCUGCUGACUACUGCUACUGAUACUACACACACUCACUGAUGCAGCUCUCUAUGAGCUCUCCUCUAACAUCCAUCACUGGCAGACACCCUGUGAGGUGCAGCGACAGGAAAUGCAACAGUGUGAGGUGGUGAGACAGUCAGUCGAGUGACCUGUCUGUACCAUGACAGUCUGUAGAAUGAAUGUGAGCAGUUCUGCCUGGAUGCCAUGAUGCUCAUCUGAGCUGCGUGAACACUGUUUCCAGUUGUUAGCCAGCUGUGGUGAUGUGUACGGACAGCCUGAGGUGCAGCUCCAGGGAUGGGAUUUUGAUUCCGGACUGUUUAGAUCUUUCACUUUUGUCUCUCUCUUUACGUUGCUGCUCAUGUCCACUGGAUGCAGCUGCCAGGAACAGUCCUCUGGGUGCAUGCUGUUUUCUCCACUCCACUGUCCUAUAUGUCGUAGAAACGACAGGGCGGGGCGCCUCACAGCAACAAGGUUCUGUGCUGUGUCUGCAGGUCCAAAGACAUGCAGGUUAAUUUCCGGUAGGUGUGAAUGUGAGCGUGAAUGGUUAUUUGGGUCUAUAUGUAGAUAGACUGGCAACCUGCCCAGGGUGUACCCUGCCCUCGCCAAGUGUCAGCCCCCCUACAACCAUUAAAAGGUGAACUGUACAUCUGAUGGAUGAAUGGAAAUAAGACUCUAUUGAUCCCUGAGGGGAAACAGUGUUUCACCUGUGCACAGAGGCUGAGAGGCAUAUACAAUAUAUACACAACAAUUCACAGUGGUGUUCACAUACAAACUGCUGAGGUCCUGCUCUGUCCUGUUAGCUUGUACAUGUAUUGAUACUGGCUGCUCAGGUAACUAACACACCACUAAACCCAUAGUUAAACUUCACCGCAUUCCUCUCAAUUGACUUUGACUUUUUUUCCUUAUAUUAUUAUAUACUUGAACUCAGUCAGUUAAGGUUUAUUUCACACAUUUUUCCUCAUUCAGGUCCAAUCAAGGUGCAGACAGUAGGUGCUCGUUAUAUUCUUUUAUUGGCUUGGCAGCCAGCUGAGGUUACCUGCAGAUACAGUACCUGCUCACAUGAACACCUGAGCAUGAACAGUAUAGAUGUCCCACACAUCUACGCCGACAGAUCUUUAAAGGUCAGGAGAGACCUCCAACACUCAGAGGGUGGGUUGUUUUUGAAGCCUCUGCUUCACCUCUGCCCUUCAACAUGGAUCCCUGCACUAGAUGCCAGAGUCCAAGCAGGACCUCAAUGAACCCUUAGGACAAAAAAAGCUCUCAAAAACAUUUCAGCAUCUGUUACCUAUAUACAUGAAGUGAGAGGAGGGUGGGGAGUGGGUGGAGACAGAGGAAAAAAUAUUAACUAAACAACAUUUGAGACAAAGCACCUUCAUUUCAGUAAAACACCUGAAGCAGAAAAACCCAGCGACAGUAAAUGUGUGAAGAUCAGGCAACGUGAAGAUGUGAUGCAGCUGCAUCCAGUGGACAUGAGGGGUCAGUCACAUCCCUGUUGAGUUUCAUAGCAAAGCUGUUCUACAGUGAGAAUUUAACCAGCAAAAACCACUGAGUAUUUUUGUCGAUGGGUUAAUGACAUUAAAAUGAUAAGCAUGAAUCCUGGAAUCAGAGAAGGUGGAUUGUGCUGCUUGUAGAGGUCCAGGACCAGGACCAGGACCAGCAGCAGCUGUACGGCACUCGAGGUGGCUGAGCAUCCAACAGUGAUCCGGAAAAAAAAGCAUCCACACCAGUGUUAUACACAACAAGCAGGGAUGUGACUUUAUCUUUUGAUUUCACUGUUCCUUUGUUUCCACACAAUUUUGCCACUCAUUUGCAUUUCUGUGAAGUUCAUGACAGUUUGAAUCAGAUCCCUGAGCCGCUCUCACUCCUGGUGCUAUAUGUAUUAUGGUCAGUGAAGGCCAUGAUAAUAAUCAUAAUAAAGAGAGUGAUGAUAUAGUUGGAAUAUAGUAUUAAAUGGCUGCUUACACGUAUAUAAUAGGUUUCACCUGAAUACUUUUGGCAAUGGCCAUUUAGUCCCUUCUAUGAAGCAAUUGAUUGAACAGACAGACACACGGACAGACAGAUGGGCGACCACUGACUAUGGCACAGGGGGGGUGUGAAAUAAGACCCGCACUCAAAAUGUGUUGGUCUCAUUAUAAAACUGGACCGGAGCUGAUCUGGAUUUACCUUUCUUGAAAAAUCCUGCAGUCCUAUAGGUCGGUCAUUUCCCAUUCUCCUAUAGGCUCAGGGAGCUGUCAGUCAUCCCAGUGUUGUCGUCCUACAGGCUCCUCUACAACUACCUCCACAGCAGCAAAAACACAGCCCAUCCUUUCUACUGUCACGCUGUCAUCAGCCUCUCGCCUGUGAAUGUCUACACACACACACACACACACACACAUACAUACAACCACACUACACAACAAAGUGCUGGACUCCCUCCUGUUUUCCCAUCUUCAUUAACAAGUUUUCUUCUAAUGGUACAUGAUAGCAUUGUGGUUCAGCUGCCAACCACGCCCCCACCCCCAACCCCCCCACUCCUCCUCAUCAUCAUUAUGGCCUCUAGUUCCUGUACAGAACAAACCUGUGGAUCCCAGAAAGGGACUGAAACCCAAGUAGAUGUAUAACCAUGAAUCCUGACAUACAGUAAUGCACACAGAUGUAAGCAUCAGAUUCAGUUAGGAAAUGUUACUGGACUGUAAGACACUGGAUAUACAGUAAUUAGCCCUAAGGCAGGUCAGUAUGCUCAAAACAAACUAGUUUGUGUCGUCUGACUGUUUAAAGGCAGUAUUUCUUCCUCUUAUGAAUCCCUGCACCCGCCUUGAAGUGUGCUCUCAGUAUCCACACUGGAAGGCCAUCAGAGCCUCCUAUUGGCUGCGUCCCACUGCCUUGUCGACAGUCUGUGAAAGAAUUCUGUGUCUUUCGUGUGUCUUUGUAGUCUCAACAUGAUGAAUCGUACAAACUAUGAUAAUGAUGACACUGUCGGACUGUCCUCAGAGACAUUCAUUGUGUUGCGCUCAGUAGUUCACACAAAAUGAAGCAGAGAGAGUUGAAAUCCUUUCUCUCCUCCACACACCUGUCCAGUCAGCGUGAGGUGGGUGUGACCGUCGGAUAUUCGGUUUUGGGAAGUUACAAAAAUUGCCAAACACAGUCCCUAAAGAGAGGUUUCAAUUGUAGAACAUCAUGCAGUGAUUCGAUGCAAAACACCAAGGGAAACUCCCUCUGAAUGAAGAAUCACUAUAACACAAACUGCGUUACAUGCAUUUGAUCAUUUUAGGUGUAGAAAUACAUCAAACUGUGUGACAUGGACAGUUGUCACUCUCACCCUGAGUGAACUUGACUGAUUCCCUGCAUUCCUUGUUGCUAUAUAUAGUUAUCUACAACUGUUGGUCUGGGAGACUGUGCUAAUUCCACAACCAACCACUAGGAGUCAGGACGAGAACUCUUACUGGUUUCCCACCUCCAAACACGUGUUUGUUGGCACACGUGACCAAGCCGAAGGUACUGCUACUAGGAGUCAAACUCCUGCAGUGGCAGACUAGAACUUCAAUUCAAAUCAAUUAAAUUUUAUUUGUAUAUUGCCAAAUCUUAACAAACAUUAUCUCAAGGCACUUUACAGGGUAAGAGACUUACUUUAUUAAGUUUGAGACUUUAUUAUAGAGCAAAACCAACAGUUCCCACAGAGAGCAGCACCUGGCGAAAAACUUCCUUUAACAGGAAGAAACCUCCAACAGAACCAGACUCAGGGUGGAUGGCCAUCAGCCUCGAAUGCCACUGCCAUGUGCACCACAUCUUACAUGAAACUGUCUCGAACCCAUUACAGAACAAGUGAAACAAUUCCGGUACGCUGGCCACAGGAAUAGGUUUUUACUUCCUGACCCAGUGCUGUGUUGGGAUUUACUUUCUAGCACUGUAUGUGGUUCUACUCUGCAUCUCGCCAUUACACAAUGAAAGAGAUCUACAGUUUUUUCCACCACUGCUUCUUGGGUUUUAGUCCCCAGGGACUACAAUGCAAGGGAAACUCAAACCCUUGAGCCAAUAAUGUUCUGUUCUCCAAGUAUUCUAGGACUGUAGUUGGUAGUCGACAGUGUCAGCAGGCUUGCAGUACUACUUAAGGGUUUUAGUCCCUCUUCUACUAAUAUUCUUGGAGUAUACUGUACAUCCUCUAUCAGCAUUAGGGUUCUUUUCUCUCCUCUAACCCAACAGUAGGCUUCCAAUCCAUUGCAAAGACCACAACACCAAGGCUUUAGCUCCUACUACAUCCUUACCGUAGGGUUCUGGUUCCAGUUUUACCUCUACAGAUGGGUUUGAAGUGCCAGCUGUACUCACAUGGAUUAGCCUUAUCCCCGAUUCUAUGACAACAGACAGACAGGGAGUCCAGAUUGUGUUAGUCAAGUUCUAGUUUCUGUUCUACCUUUACCAUGUCCCUACAAAUACAGUAGUUUCAGUCUCUUGUACCACUAAUCUUGGGUUUACCACUACAGUUGAGUUUUUGUCCCUACGGUGAGUUUAUUCUCUGUUGUACCACAGCUACAGAGGGGUUCAUGUCUCUGUUCCACCAGUAAACUAGGACUGCCCUGCCUGGUGGAGGUCAUGGGUUCCAUCCUUCUGUCUGAUGUUUGCACUGCCCCCUUACCCCCCAACCCUCCCUGCAAUUCUCUGGCCCAGUGGUCCUCCAUCAACCCAUCAUCCCCCCCAGCCACAGUCCUGUAACCUUCUAUCCCUUUUCUACACUGACAGUCCAUCAAAUGUCUUCCCUUAACAUCGGCGGUGGUAUAUAAAAAUGGAGGUUCAACAAUAACAUUGUUUCUAAUGGUGACGGUAUGUCAUACCUGUAAAUGAUGUUUAUCUGUCAUGCCUAGUCAAAUAAUUUAAACAAUAAAGAGAGGGAUUUUUUAAAUGUCUAUAAUAUCUGAAAGUCCCUUUGAUGUGUAGUACUGGUGUUACCGUUGUUGUAGUGUAUGUGAUACCCAAUGGGGAUUGUGUUACUUUUUAAGAUAAUAAAAUAACAAUGUUUGGUUACACCA